AUGGCAUUAGAAGAUAAUAGUGAUAAUGACACUGUCGAUGAUGAAGUUAAAGAAUUAAUGUCUGCUGCUUUGACUUAUGGUAAUGACCAAUACUUUAGUCCCGAUACCCAACCCACCAGUAUGGAAGGCUCGUCUUCUGACUUCUCCACUUUACGUGGCAAUGGAGGAAAGAAGUUACAGAAGUUAACGGAUGAACAUGGGAACGAAUACCUUCUUCAGCCAAACGGCUAUGUUCAUCCUAUUAGAAAACCAGAAGAGCUAUUCAUCCAUCCAGACCGGCCCCAAGAUCACCAAAUAAUGUAUGGUACUAACAAUAUGUACACCCCGGAUGUUGAGCGUAGACCAACCAGUAGUAGCAAAAGCCUGAGGAAGUUGAAAUCAUUUAUAGAUUUGUCUCGAAAUGGAAAACAUUCCACACCAGACCAGUUGCGAGAAUUUCAAAUUAAAGUUUUGGAUUCAAUUCAAUAUCUGGGCGAUUUAGUAUUGGGAACUACUAAUCGAUAUGGGGACGUUGAUAGUACGGCAAAAAUUAUACGGAGUGCUACAAAUAGUACUAGAAGUAGUAGCAUAUCCAGCAGUUUUAGAACAGGAACUUUAAGAACUAGUAGUAUUAGUUCGCCUUCACAAAAUAGCGUGAAGUUUGAAAAGAAAAAGGACGAUUAGCUUUAGGCAUAAGUAUUAAAUUCGUAUACAUUUACUGUAUUAAUACAUGCAUAUUUAUU